AUGGCUGAGAGCCACGGCUGGUGGAAGCUGACAUUCCUGAGGAAGCGCCAGGCAGCGCCCACGGUGCUGUACGAGAGUCCUGACGGUCACAGUGCCACUGCCACCGCCGGGGACAGCCAGGAGGGCACAGACUCGGAGGGACCACCAGGCUUCGCUGCACGCCUGGAAAAAAUCGUGGACAAGAACACCAAGGGGAAACACGUCAAGGUGUCCAACUCGGGGCGCUUCAAGGAAAAGAAGAGAGUGAGAGCGACGCUGGCUGAUAACCCCAAUCUCUGCGCUGCUGCCGCCGAGCGGGAGGAGAAGUGA